AUGGCGGGCCUCCCCGGCGCGGUGCCGAGGAUGAUGCGGCCGGCGCCCGGGCAGAACUACCCCCGCACCGGGUUUCCUCUGGAAGUGUCCACUCCGCUGGGCCAGGGCCGGGUCAAUCAGCUCGGUGGGGUCUUCAUCAACGGGCGACCCCUGCCCAACCACAUCCGCCACAAGAUCGUGGAGAUGGCCCACCACGGCAUCCGGCCCUGCGUCAUCUCCCGCCAGCUGCGCGUCUCCCACGGCUGCGUGUCCAAGAUCCUCUGCCGCUACCAGGAGACCGGGUCCAUCCGGCCUGGGGCCAUCGGCGGCAGCAAGCCCAGACAGGUGGCCACCCCGGAUGUGGAGAAAAAGAUUGAGGAGUACAAGCGGGAAAACCCGGGCAUGUUCAGCUGGGAGAUCCGGGACCGGCUGCUGAAGGACGGGCACUGCGACCGCAGCACCGUGCCCUCAGGUUUAGUGAGUUCGAUUAGCCGUGUGCUCAGAAUCAAGUUCGGGAAGAAAGAGGAGGACGACGACGGGGACAAGAAAGACGAAGAUGGGGAGAAGAAAGCCAAGCACAGCAUCGACGGCAUCCUGGGCGACAAAGGGAACCGGCUGGACGAGGGCUCAGACGUGGAGUCGGAGCCGGACCUCCCUCUGAAGCGCAAGCAGCGCCGCAGUCGGACCACGUUCACGGCCGAGCAGCUGGAGGAGCUGGAGAAGGCCUUCGAGAGGACGCACUACCCGGACAUCUACACCCGCGAGGAGCUGGCACAGAGGACCAAGCUGACUGAGGCGCGCGUCCAGGUCUGGUUCAGUAACCGCCGCGCGCGUUGGCGUAAGCAGGCAGGAGCCAAUCAGCUGGCAGCGUUCAACCACCUUCUGCCCGGGGGCUUUCCACCCACCGGCAUGCCCACGCUGCCCCCCUACCAGCUGCCGGAUUCCACCUACCCCACCACCACCAUUUCCCAAGAUGGGGGCAGCACCGUGCACCGGCCCCAGCCCCUCCCACCGUCCACCAUGCACCAGGGGGGGCUGGCUGUGGCCGCCGCGGCCGCGGACACCAGCUCCGCCUAUGGAGCCCGCCACAGCUUCUCCAGCUACUCCGACAGCUUCAUGAACGCAGCGGCGCCCUCCAACCACAUGAACCCCGUCAGCAACGGCCUGUCUCCUCAGGUGAUGAGCAUUCUGAGCAACCCCAGCGCGGUGCCGCCACAGCCGCAGGCCGACUUCUCCAUCUCCCCGCUGCACGGCGGCCUGGACUCGGCCUCCUCCAUCUCGGCCAGCUGCAGCCAGCGGGCGGACUCCAUCAAGCCGGGGGACAGCCUGCCCACCUCCCAGUCCUACUGCCCACCCACCUACAGCACCACCGGCUACAGCGUGGACCCCGUGGCUGGCUACCAGUACGGCCAGUACGGCCAGACUGCUGUUGAUUACCUGGCCAAAAACGUGAGCCUCUCCACACAGCGCCGCAUGAAGCUCGGGGAGCACUCGGCUGUGCUGGGACUCCUGCCCGUAGAGACCGGCCAGGCCUACUAG